AUGAGCGCCGGCGUAUGGGAGCUGGACUCUUUCUUUCUGGAGCUCUUCCUCAUGUUUGCCAUUCUUGUCAUUCUCAUCCUCUUUGCCUACUUUCUGCGACAUCACCAAGUCCGAGUCCUGCAUGAGACUGGCGUGGCAGUGGUCCUUGGUGCUGUCAUCGGCAAAAUCAUCCGGUUGGCGGCGCCCGAGGACCAGCUGACUUCGUUUGUCUCGUUCUCCUCGCGCACCUUUUACGUCGCGGCUCUCCCGCCCAUCAUCUUCAAUUCGGGCUACAACAUGAAGCGCCGGCGGUUCUUCACCAAUCUCUCUCCGAUUCUGACCUACGCCUUUUGCGGCACCAUCCUCGCCUUUGCCGCCACCUCGCUCGCUAUGAUCGCCCUCGGCUCGCUCGGCCUGCACUCGUGGUCCAACGUCGAGUGCUUCAUCUUUGGCUCGCUCAUCUCGGCCACCGAUCCGGUCUCCACCCUCGCCAUUAUGGAGUCGACGCCUGUCUCAGAAGAUCUCUUCGCCAUUGUGCUUGGCGAGUCGGUCUUCAACGACGCCGUCGCCAUCGUCCUUCACACCACCACCCUCACCUUUCUGCACUCGUCGCUCUCUGCGGCUUCGGUUGUCGCCGCCAUCCUCUUCUUCCUCGGCGUCUUUAUCGGCUCCGUCUGCAUCGGCCUCGGCGCUGGCCUUCUCACUUCGUACAUUCUCAAGGUCACUCGCCUCCGCGACCAUCCGUAUCUGGAGCAGUCGUUCCUCAUGGCCAUGGCCUACGCCGCGUACUUUUUGGCUCAGGGCCUCGAUCUCUCGGGCAUUGUCACCAUCCUCUUCUGCGGUGUGACCAUGGCCCACUACGCUUACGCCAACCUCCGCCCGUCGUCGCGCAAGAUCACAAAGUCGUCGUUCCACUUUCUCUCGUACAUUGCCGAGACCUUUGUCUUUCUCUACCUCGGCUUUGCGCUCUUCGCCUUUCCGCAAGACUACAACGUGCUGCUCAUUGUGGCCACCGCACUCGUCCUCCUUGUCACCCGUGGACUGCACAUCUUCCCUUUUGGCUUUGUCCUCAACAAGUCGCGCUCGUCGCGCCGCCGCCUUUCUCCCCCCAUGCUCAAGUUCCUCUGGUUUGCCGGCCUCCGCGGUGCCAUCGCUUUUGCGCUCGCCAUCGAGAUGCCGACAGAGAAUGCGACUUCGGUCCGGACUGUCACCCUUGUCCUCGCCCUCGCCUCCAUCCUCGGCAUGGGGGGUGCCACCUAUCCGGUUCUUUCCAUGCUGGGUCUUGUGACGCUGCCCGAUGGGCCUGAAGACAUUGCCGCCGACGACACCGGCGCCGGCGUUCCGCUCGAGACACUCACCGCGGCGACGCCCGACGGUAUUCUGGUCGGCUCGCCUGCAAAUGUCCCCAUUGCUGCUCGCGCUCGCCACGAGCGCAUGCUCUCGCGCUCCGAGAACUUCUUCAUCACCUUUGAUCGUCGCUACCUCAAGCCGCUGUUUGUGCGCAACUACGCGCCGCAUGCGCCGCGCGUGGCGCGCGAGACCGGCCCCAGUGGACUCGCCUUUUCGCGCUCUAUCUCGUCGCAUUCGUCGGUCGAGGACGCCGUGCACGCGCCCUCGGCCCCGGGCCACACCGCUGUCGCCGCUGCGGGCGCUGUCUACGUUCCGCGCGGCCGCUGGGGCAACUCGUCGUCGGGCUCGGGCUCGGCCACCCUCGCCGACCUCGAUCGUCCGGGCGCCCGCUCCGAGUACUCGUCGUCGGACUUGUAG